AUGGCGGUGACGCCGCUCAAAGACUGGCCGAAUGAGCUGCUCUUGUCUUUUUUGAAUCUGCUACCCUUGACCGACCUGCUCUCCAUGAUUAAAGUCUGCAAAUCCAUCUACGCUGUAUCCAUACCCCUUGUUUACUCGACUAUCGAGACAACCUGGGCUUUGGGCCGCACGCCGCCCGUCGUCCUACUACUGAGAAGCCUCGUCGAGCGUCCCGAGCUGUCAGGCCACGUUCACGACCUGCGUCUCGAGGGAAAUGGAGUACCAGGUAGACCCGAGCUCAGGGAGCUGCCCGCAUUCCCUAUCGACGCGUCUCUACUCAGCAAGGCGGCAAAGAUUAUACAAUCUACCAAAGUACCGUUUGCCGAUCUUUGGAUACACGAGUUGCAAUCUGGCACCGUCGAUGCCAUCGUGGCACUGCUCCUCGCAAUGCUGCCUAAGUUAACGUCUCUCUUUCUCGGGCCCAACUUUACGAUUCGGAGUAGACUCUGGGGAGGCAUGCUUCAAUGUGCUCUUUGCAAGCCGCAAAAGACUCUUCCUGCAUACAAAAGCCUACGCCACGUCACGUCCAAGUUUAGGGCCAAAGAAUACUUUUAUACUGACAUCUGCAACGCGGCCGAUAUUCUACCCUUGUUCUAUCUUCCGAGCAUCGAGGAUUUAUCAGUAUCUAUCGAUAACCCAGCCGAAUUUACCUGGCCCGCUUCGCAUGCGCCGAGCCCAUCAAUUGUCUCGCUGGAUAUCUACAGGCUGCGCGAAUCCCGGUUAGGCCCCGUCCUGUCCGUAUUAAAGGCACUUCAAAAGCUGCACUGGCACUGGUCUUACCAGCCAGAUCUUGACGAGGACGUUAGCAAAGGCGUGGUACGACUGGACACGGCAGCUGCGGCACUUGGCGAGGUCGCUGACACGCUCACCGACUUGACCAUUACCGCAAUGACCCGCCCUAAUUACUCGGUCGGCGAUUAUGACCCUCCUCCGCUAGAAAUCCAGGCAUCGCUAGAUGGCCUGUCCCGUUUGAGGAAGCUCAAAAACUUAAGUCUCCCAUGGGCCUUUUUGAUGGGCUUUUCGAAAUCACCAACCAAGAGACUCCUGCGUGCCCUUCCUCCAAGCCUCGAGGUGCUUCGGCUGACGGCAGAUUUGGACGAUCAAGACGAGUGGGAGUGGGAAGAAGAGGACUCUGUUAUAGAUGCGAUGAAAUUCGAGCUUGCGAGCUUCAACUUGUCGCGCCAUCCUUCUUUACGUCGUAUCAUUCUGCCACUUCCUUUCGAGUACAACGAAGUGACCGAAGACCAGGAAGAGGAGCUACAAACAAUUGGCGCAAGAGUCGGACUUGAGUUGGGAUGGAUUCAACAAGCAUAA